CCAAGAUGGCGUCCGGGGCCUAGUAGAGGGGGCCGGGGCCUAGCCGCCAUGGCGGGCGAGGGGACUCACCUCCUCUGCCUCACGGCCACCAGCGGGGUCCCCCUUUACUGCCGGACCAGCCGGGCCGGGCUCCCCUCACGACAGCAGCUCCCCUUCUCGGUCAUCGGCUCCCUCAAUGGCGUCCACAUGUUUGGCCGGAAUCUGGACGUCGGGCUGUCUUCGGCCCGGACCGAAGACAGCGUGGUCGUGUGGAAGACCUUCCACGAGAGCAUCACCCUCAUCGUCUUGUCCUCGGAGGAGGGGGCUUCGGCCCUGAGCCUGGAACGGCUGCUGGAGCUGGUUUUUGGGGCCAUGGUUCUGCUGAUCGGCCUAGAGGAGCUGACCAACAUCCGCAACGUGGAGAGACUCAAGAAGGAGCUGAGGGCUUGUCACGGCCUCAUCGACAGUCUGCUCUGUGAGUCGGAGCGGGUGGGCGACUUGACGCAGUGCGUGGACUGCAUCGUGCCCCCGGAUGGACCCCUGCUGCAGGAGGCCCUUUCCGGCUUCGCCGAGUCCGUGGGUGCGGCCUUUGCGUGCCUGGUGGCCAGGGGGAGAGUGGCAGUGGGCACCCCGGGCUGGUGGCGCCUGGCGGCACCCGAGUCCGUCCUCCUGCCCUGGCUCCUGGGCACCCUCCCUCCGCAUACGGCACGGGACUACCCAGUCUACUUGCCCCACGGCAGCCCCACGGUGCCCCACCGCCUCCUGACCUUGACGCUGCUGCCCGGCCUGGAGCUGGGUCUGCUGUGUGGGCCCACCCCGGCCCUGGCCCACUUCAGCCCCCAGCUCCUGGACCAGUGGUGGCAGCCACUGCUGGAGCCGCUGAGAGCCUGCCUCCUCCUCCUGCCCCGAGGGCUGCCCCCCGGCCUCACGCUGGCCCCUGACAUCUUGGGCCUCCUGUUUCUCCACCUGGAGCAGCGGCGUUGCCUGUUCACCGUCCAGCCUGGGGGACCUGCUGGGGAAGGCCCGGCCCCUAGACAGCGGCGCAGGCUGCUCCGCUGGUGGUUCUCCUUCGUCACCGCUGAGCACUUCGCUCCCGAGCCCUCCGACGGACGCCCAGUCACGUCAGAGGCCGGCUCGGGCCCCCCGGCCCAGCCGCGGGGCUGCUACGCGGUCGGCCAAGGCGGCCACAAGCUCUUCGCGCUGAGCGCGGGCCCGCGCCGCCUCCUGCUGCUGCUGGCCGGCUCGGCCCCCACCCACGGACUGCGGGCCCUGGCCACCCGCACGCUCCAGGCCCUCACGCCCCUCCUCUGACCCCCAGAGCUCGCCGUGGCCACACCUGGGCCUUGGACCCCAGCCGCCCGUUGAAUAAAGUCAUCUCCCCUCCGGCCGCCCCUUCUCCCUCCUCGGCCCGGCGCCCAGGCCCCAAGCCGCAGCUGCCCUGCCCCUCCCCGGGGCCGGGUGGGGGGCCGAGGGAGGGCAGGGGCAUAGAGGCAGGGUGCCAGACACCGGCUGCAUCUUCUCCAUUUAUUGGCUCACGGGGAUACACUGUGGGGGCAGAGGGAAGGGGCCCGCGGGCCGUGCCGGCCCCUCUCCCCCACACUGUUCCUCCUGGGGCACCCCACUGCCCCCAGAACCCUCACCCCCAGGGGACAGGGAGGGGGAGACCAACGCGGCCCCCUCCCCUCCCAAGACUGUAAACAGCAGCAGAUGAAAAAAUAAAAAUACAAAAGGAAAGACGGGCGAGGGAGCAGGUAGCCCUGCCUCCCGGCUGCUGGGGCCCAA